AUGGCGGCCGAAGUUGUACCAUUACAGCAGCUCAAGUUGCCUGCGGGCCCGUCGCCCGUAACGGCUGAGCAGAAAUACUGGAAGUCUUUCACCAACCAAAAGUCGCAUACCUCGACGGCAUCAUGGCCCGUCACCCAUAUCAGCUUCCCCGCGCCCAUGGCCGGGGGAUACUCGUCGGCAACCUCAACCACUGCCGUCAAGAACAACGAUGUCUUUGCUGUCACCGCUGGUCCCCGAGUCGACGUCUACAGCAUACGGCGACGUGAACCCCUCAAGACCAUCAGCCACUUCGACACGGCUGCCCGUUCCGGUGAAAUCCGACCCGACGGCCGAGUUUUGCUGGCCGGUGAGGACUCUGGAAGGAUGCAGGUCUUUGACGUCGCCGGCUCGACCCGUGCUGCUCUGAGGACUUGGAACAUACACAAGCAGCCCGUAUGGGUCACCAAGUGGUCGCCGAGACCUGGCGACUUGACCACACUCAUGAGCUGCUCUGACGACAAGACAGUUCGCCUCUGGGACCUCCCCUCGGCCGACCCGACGAGAACAUUUGUUGGCCAUCAGGACUACGUGCGCAGCGGUGCCUUCAUGACGGGGCCUGCCGCCACCGGAAGCGGCAACAUCCUCGUCACCGGAUCUUACGACUCGACCGUGCGGCUCUGGGACGCCCGUGUUCCAGGCCCGGCAGUGCUCACCUUCCAGCAUACGGCCCCAAUCGAGGCAGUCCUACCUUUACCAUCAGGCACCACCAUUCUCGCUGCCUCAGGAAAUUCCAUCUCGGUCCUCGACGUUGUGCACGCCCGGCCUCUGCGCACGAUAACCAACCACCAAAAGACGGUCACCUCGCUCUGUCUGGCCAGCAACGGCCGCCGCGUCUUGUCGGGCGGCCUCGAUGGGCACGUCAAGGUCUACGACGCCGAGUCGGGCGGGUGGAAUGUCGUGGCCAGCACAAAGUACCCUUCCCCCGUCACGUCGCUGUCCGUCAUCUCUGCCGGCGCCAACGCGGCAGACCGCCACCUGGCCGUCGGCAUGGCGUCCGGUCUUCUCAACAUCCGUACGCGCCUGACGGGCGCCGCGGCCGACCGCGAGCGCGAGCUCGAGGUUGCCCGCACCAUGACCGAGGUGUCGGACCUGCGCGCCAUGGACGCCGCGCGCGACAAGAGGAAGCGCGCCGCCCAGCACUCGCUUGCCCUGGACAAGGCCGGCUUGGGCGCCGACUUUGUCAUCGACGCCACGGGCGGCAAGGGACGCAAGACCCGCGCCGCCAAGGAGCCCAAGUGGCAGAAGGACCUGAGGCACCAGAAGUAUCGGCAGGCGCUGGACCGUGUCCUCGACGUCACCUCCCCGGAGCACUCGCGCAUGGCCGUGUUGACGCUGCUGACGGCCCUGCGGCACCGCAGUGCCCUCGUGCACGCCCUAGAGGGCCGCGAUGAAGAGACAGUCCAGCCCAUCCUGUCCUGGGUCACCCGCCACGUCGUCGACCCGCGCUACGUCUCGGUCUGCGUCGACGUCGGCCUCCACCUCCUGGACCUGUACGCAGAGUAUGCCGACAGGUCACCGGAGCUCGAGCAGGGUUUCCGCAUGCUCAGGAGCCAGGUGGUCAAGGAGGUAGAAAGGGCGCAGAUGGCCUGCCAGACCGGUGGCAUGCUGGAGACCUUGAUGGUGAGCUCCGAGGCCUGA